AUGGAUGGCGUCGUGCAGCACCAACAGCAGUCCCCGAUGACGCCGUCGGGUCAGCAGUCACAGCAGCAGAAGGUAGCGUUGAUCACGCUGCCGCCUCCCAGGGAGGUGGCGCGGCCGGAGAUGCCGAGAGAUUCGGCUCCGGCUGCUGGACGGGUCGACGAGGCGGAGUGGGUCACCGUUUUCGGAUUUUCGCCUGGUGAUACUAACAUGGUGCUGCGAGAAUUUGAGAAGUGUGGGAUAGUCUUGAGACAUGUUCCUGGUCCAAGGGAUGCGAACUGGGUGCAUAUCUUGUAUCAGAGCCGGCAUGAUGCACAGAAAGCACUCGCCAAACAUGGUCAGCAGUUAAACAGUGUUCUUAUUAUUGGUGUGAAGCUAGUGGAUCCAUGGCAGCAGCAGUACCUGAAUGAGAACACUAACGAGAACUAUCAGGGCAGUGCUACAGUCACAUUUACAUCGCAACCUGUAGCACCAAGUGGAUUUGCAACCAGGAAUGCACUAGCACCUCUACCUAGCAACUCUGUGCCAAAUGGCAGCUGCAAUGAGAGCAAUCUUGGCGCGUCUGGGGCCAUUGCUGCGCCUACAAAGUCUGUCUUGUCCAAAGUUAUGGACUUGAUGUUUGGCCUUUAA